AAAUCUACCAAUGACCUUCGACCACAUAACACAAUGGAGGGCAAAUUUUGUCAUUUCAACGCAAUGGAAUACAUCACCCCCUAACAAUACAUCACACCCUACAAGCACACGGUUUAGUUUGUAUCAAAAAUCAAACCUUGGAAAUGGGGAAGCUGUGCAUAAGUGAAUCUCCUGGUUACCAACUUAGCACAUAGGAAGUACCACAUUGAACUAGAGAGAUAGAGAGUGAGAGAGGUGUCUGCAUGCAUAAUUGCAUUGGGGUUUCCUCUAUUUGGGUUGGCAUAAUCGCCCAUUGCUUUCAUCUUGGACCCUCCGCAGCCUGUGAAAAGCCUACUAGCCGGUGUUUUCUGUAGUUCUUCCUCUGAUUUAUUGUUUUGUUAAUUGCUUCUCUACCUGCACAUGUGCUGAGUUGUCAUGGGCUCUAUAUUCGCUUCUCACAUUCUUCUUAUUUCAUCAAUAAGCUAAAAGAUCCUACCUUCUCUCCUUCUUUCUCUUUAUUCAGGUUUUCUCUAUAUUUAAUUUCGUUCUCUUUCUAUAAUGGCGAAUGCAUCUGGGUUCUUUACGCCUACAGUCCCAAGUCUUAGAAAGAGGAUUAAUCCAUCAUCUAUCGGCAUAUAUCGAUCGGGGAAUUGUUCCUCUGAGGGAAUCUUUAAAAGGGUACUCUGCUCCAGCACCAUUGAAGGUGCGGAGAAACUUUCGACUUUUGAAUCUCGAGCACCCAGGCUCGUAAGUAAAGGCUGCAAACUAGUUGGUUGUGGCUCGGCUGUACCAAAUCUCCAGGUUUCCAAUGAUGAUCUUGCAAAAGUUGUUGAAACUUCUGAUGAAUGGAUAUCUGUUCGCACUGGAAUUCGCAAUCGACGAGUUCUUACAGGGAAAGAUAGCUUGAUGGAUCUGGCUGUGGAGGCAGCAAAGAAAUCUCUUCAGAUGGCAGAAGUAGAUCCUGAUGAUGUGGAUCUAGUUUUAUUGUGCACAUCGACUCCAGAGGAUCUAUUUGGCAGCGCUCCUCAGAUACAAAAGGCACUGGGCUGCAAAAAAAAUCCAUUGGCUUAUGAUAUUACAGCUGCUUGUAGUGGGUUUGUGCUAGGCCUAGUGUCAGCUUCUUGCCAUAUUAAAGGAGGCGGGUUUAAUAAUGUUCUUGUGAUUGGGGCUGAUGCUCUUUCUCGUUAUGUUGAUUGGACGGAUAGAGGGACCUGUAUUCUCUUUGGUGAUGCUGCUGGUGCUGUACUUGUACAGGCGUGUGAUAGUGAAGAGGAUGGUUUGUUUGGUUUUGACUUGCAUAGUGAUGGUGAUGGCCAGAGGCACUUAAAUGCUGCCGUCAAGGAGGAUGAAAUGGAUAGUGCGACGGGUUCUAAUGGUUCAGUCUUUGGCUUCCCUCCAAGGCGCGCCUCUUAUUCCUGCAUCCAGAUGAAUGGUAAAGAGGUCUUUCGUUUUGCUGUUCGUGCUGUGCCUCAGUCGAUUGAGGCUGCACUAGAAAAGGCUGGUCUAACUGGAUCUAACAUCGAUUGGUUACUGCUCCAUCAGGCCAAUCAGAGGAUCAUUGAUGCGGUGGCAACACGUUUAGAAGUCCCAUCAGAACGUGUAAUCUCCAAUCUGGCAAAUUAUGGGAAUACAAGUGCUGCAUCCAUUCCGUUGGCAUUGGAUGAAGCUGUCCGCAGUGGGAAAGUUCAGUCAGGCCAUACUAUAGCAGCUGCAGGUUUUGGAGCUGGUCUUACAUGGGGUUCUGCUAUCAUUAGAUGGGGAUGAAACAACCAUAGUACCCGAUGAUCAGGUACAGAAAAAUGAAGAGGAAUCCCUAUAUCCUGCUGUUUUCUCUGUCUUGCUUCUAAUUUCAGGAGUCAUGCAGUUAUUUUGAGGUUGCAAUCGCAUAGUUUUCUUCAAUUUCCUUUUGUUUAUUGAGAUUGUUAUUGUUAAAAUUUGAAACUUCAAUAAAAUUUUAUUCUUUUUCUUCAGUAAUAAAUUCUAUUGUAAUCUACUUUUUGUAUUCAGC